ACUUCCGGUGACGCCGGUUCCUGUUUGGAGGGGAGGGCAUUUCAGCCAGUAGGACAUUGCGAGAGAGGGGCUUCGCAGGGCCCCUGCUGGGCGCCCCAAAACACCACUCCCCCGGCUCCCAGUCUACUCCAGCCACAAUCUCAAUUAUAUAGUGCCAAGGUACAGAAGACAGCCUCCAUCUUGAAACAACUUUGGGAUUGCAGAGUUGGAGGAGAUCAAGAACAACUGCUCAACCUGUCCUGUGUCAUUGGAUCAUUAACCUGCUCUUGGGGAAUAAACUAUUUACUAUCUAAAACCUAACCAGAGGAGAAAAUGAACAUACCAAUUGAUCAGCUUCGGAUAAAACAAGCAUGGGGUACUGGUCCCCAAAUCCUGCACGGUGUGCUUGCCCUGUGGAACCUAUUAGCAGGAUCUCCUGUUCAGAUGUUGCCUUCAUCUGCAUGGACUUCUGAAAGUGACCCUUCUUAGGAGUUCAGCAGUACAAGCCAUGGCCACCACAAACCCUCUGGAGAACCUUCAGGUAGAAGCCAGUUGCUCUGUUUGUUUGGAGUACUUAAAAGACCCUGUCAUCAUUGAAUGCGGCCACAACUUCUGCCGAGACUGCAUUACCCGAUGGUGGGAGGACCUAAAUCGGGACUUCCCUUGCCCUGUCUGCCGUAAGACUUCCCGCCACCGCAUUCUGAAACCCAACCGGCAGCUGGGCAACAUGGUAGAAAUAGCCAAGCAGCUGCAGGUCACAAACAAGCGCAAGGUGCGGGACGAAAACUUAUGUAAAAAGCACAAUGAAGUGCUCGGACUUUUCUGCAAGGAGGACCAGGAGGCUGUUUGCUUAGUGUGCGAGAUCUCCCUCGAACACCGCUCUCACACAGUUGUCUCUGUGGAUGAUGCUUCUCAAGAAUAUAAGGAAAAGAUGCAGAAGUGCCUGGAGCCACUAGAACAAAAGCUGCAGAAGAUUGCCUACUGCAAAUCCCAAGAGGAGAAGAAACCUGGGGAACUAAAGAGAAAGAUUGAAGACCGCCGCCAGCUCAUCAUCAGUGAAUUUGAAGAGUUGCAUCUGUUCCUGGCAGCUGAGCAAGAAAUCCUGAUGAAGCGCCUGGAAGACGAAGAGAAGGAAAUUUUGCAGAAGCUGAAGGAGAACGUGGCAAAGCUGUCUGAGCAGCGGGCCAUUCUCAACAGUCUCAUCACAGAGAUUGAGGAGAAGUGCCUGCAGUCGGGCAUUGAAAUGCUCAAGGAUGUGAAGAGCACUCUUGAAAGAUUUGAAGAGCUCCAGGCCCAAGAACCAUGUUUAGUCUCCAUUGAGCUAGAAAAAAAUUUCUGCAACUUCCCCAGACAGUUUUUUGUUCUGAGAAAAAUCCUUAAGAAGCUAACAGGAGAUCUGAUCCUUGAUCCUGAAACAGCCCAUCCCAACCUAGUGCUCUCCGAGGACCGGAAGAGUGUCAAGUUUGUGGAGCAGCGCCUAAGAGAUCUGCCAGACAGUCCGAGGCGCUUUACCGUCUACCCGUGCGUCUUGGCAACAGAAGGGUUUACUUCAGGACGGCACUACUGGGAGGUGGAAGUGGGCGAAAAGACCCAUUGGGCCCUGGGGGUUUGCAAUGACUCGGUAAGCCGUAAAGGGGAGACGACCUCCCUACCGGAGACCGGCUAUUGGCGGGUGAGACUGUUCAAUGGGGACAAGUACGCAGCCACCACAACACCCUUCACCCCGCUCAAUGUCACCACAAAGCCCAAGCGAGUGGGUGUCUUCUUGGACUACGAGGCUGGGAAACUUUCUUUCUACAAUGUGACGGACCGUUCCCAUAUUUACACAUUUAGUGACACCUUCACUGAGAAGCUUUGGCCUUUUUUCUAUCCAGGGAUCCGUGCCGGCCGCAAGAAUGCUUCCCCUCUCAUCAUUCGGCCGCCAACGGACUGGGAGUGACAAAAGGACUGUCUUCCCCUGCUAGGAUUGGCCCUCAAAUACAUUGAGUGGAGUCCUAACAGCUUGGCUUCUCAGUGAAAAGGAAAGUUCUCAAUGAAAGUGCAAAGCAGCAGCAUCUCUGAUCAGAAGCAAGUCAACUGAAGAAAAAGCACAGAGCCAUUCAGAAGUCACACUGUGUUUCUUUUUGGGGUCGGAUUCUAGGAAUACGGCACCGGAGAAGAAAAGGAGAGAUGCUUGUUACAGUGACGCAGUUUGUAGUGCUCAAACGUACAGGAAAGGCAGCGAGAAGCACAUUUUUUGCUGCAAUCCUGAAGUUCUAAGUCAGAUUUAAAUUUGACAUCAUAAGACAUAAACCUGCUCUAGUAGGGGGUUUUAAGAGUUGUGUUUGCAUUGGCUGUGGGCAGAGCUGCUUAGAAAUAGGUAUGAAUGAAAGGGCAAUUUUAUGUCCUGUUGAAUGGGUUUAGAAGAAUGUGGUAUUACUGUGAAGGACUCAGGAUGGAUUCUCUAUUCUUGCAGGCAGAUAGCAUAGAGGAUAAAUAUCUUUCUCUUUCCCUGCAGUUCAGCUAAAGCUAUGACUAGAGUUGUGCCCUGUUAGCAACUUCUGGCAGUCUUUGUUAUGGGGUUGUAGAACAUGGGUGCAAGAGAGUCAAUGAGGCUGGGCAUGGAUCAUCUGGUCUGAGACACUUCUGGCUAGUGGAUUCUGGAAGUUGUCAGAUUUAUUUAUUUUUUUUAAAAAAACUUUCCCAAUUCUAAUUGCAGCUCAGAGCCACAAAACCGUUGUGAAUCACUUAAGGUUGCAGCCAUCUAGCACUAAAAUAAAGCCCCAAAAUGGAGAGCAGGCUGUUAGUCAUUGGAACCAUGGUUUCCAAAUAUGAAGUUGGAUUACAACUCACAGCAUCUUUCUCCGUGACUACUGGGUGUUGUAGUCCAACAUUGAAGUUCCAUAUUUGAGAUCCACUGCCUUCAGCAGUCUGGCCUUCAGGCCCAGUGUGGCCAUACUACACUGGGCCUCUCAUUCUGAUAAAUUUCAGAGGAAAGUGCUUCUAAUCACCUGAGUUGAACUAAAUAGGAGAUGGGAGCUUCUCUUCCAUAGAUGAAACAGACUUCGGAAUGCCAUAGUUCUAAUACUUAUGCAGAGUGCUGGAGGAAGCACAAACUAUAGAUACUCUUGAUGUAUGGAAGAUACCUGCACACAGCAGAUGUUCCAACAGGAAGGAUUUGUUUUUGGUUGCAGCAGUGCAGAUAUUUACAGCUAGUGCUAUACACCGAUGCACAUACACACACUCUCCAACAAUCCUCCAACUCUCCGACAGCAAUCAUCCAUCAGCAGUCAUCAUGGUUGGUUGCUUAUAUACCUUCCGAUGAUGCAGUCCUGCAUUCGUGGUUACACCAGCCACUUGCCUGGUCACUGUGAAUCAGCACUUUACCACAUGGGCAUACCUAUGUGACUCAGAUCUAAAUAUGCCCGUGUAUUAUAAAACUCUUAACAAUGAAUUGGAAAAAAUGUAUAAUGAAUGUAUAACAAAAUGUUUACUUGAAUGGAAAAUAUACAUGUUGAGCAAGAAUUCCAGCACCCUUUGAACAUGGUGGUGGAAAUCCAAACGGUGAUUUCAGUUUCUCUAUGACAGAGGUGUCAGACUUGUGGCCCUCCAGAUGUUUGGCCCGCCAACUCCCAGAAGCCCUGGCCAACUUGUCCAAUGGCCAAGAUAACUCUGGGAGCUGAAGUCCAGAACACGUGGAGAGCCAGAAGUUAUGGCACCACCGCUCUCAGAAAACCUUGCUUCCAAUUUUAUGUUUUUUAGAUUUGUUUGAACUACAGUCUCCAUUGUCCCUAUUCAGCAUGGACAUUGGCUAUCUAGAAGGUACCAGAUUAAUAAGGUCUGCUUUAGGACCAGUCUUCUAAGUUCAGUUUCUAAUUAAUUAAUUACUUGACAAGCCUUUUGCAUUGAUGAAAUGGUGGCUCUCAUUUGAGUUGACAUGCCUGCAAGAAACAUGAGAAUCCAGCCCAUUAGGCGCAGCAACUUCCAAAGGCAAGUUGUAUGAUUGAUUUGUGUGUGUGUGUGUGUGUGUGUGUGUAUGCAAAUGCGUAUGCGCGUGUGUGUGUUGACACAGUUGAGGAAGGUCUGUUUUAGGUGCUUUGUUUCCCUUAAGCAUGAGUGGAACCUGAACUAUUCAGCAACCCACAGCUUAGAGCAAACUAGUUGUGUUGUGGCUUGUAAAGUUACAAAUAAAAUACCCUGGUUUAAUAGUC